AUGUCGAAGGGCACUUCUAAGCGGAUUUGGGGCGAGUUGUACAAGGUGAUCGACAGCAGCGACAUUUUGUUGCAGGUGCUCGACGUGCGCGACCCGCUGGGCACGCGCUGCUACUUUCUCGAGAAAUUCGUAGCGAAGGAAAAGCCGUUCAAGCACGUCGUUUUGGUGCUGAACAAGUGCGACUUGGUGCCGAAGUGGGUGACGCUGCGGUGGGUCUCGUUGUUGUCGAAGGAGUAUCCGACGGUGGCGUUCCGCUCCUCACUUCACCGGCCGUUUGGCAAAAAGUCGCUGAUUGGUCUGCUGCGGCAGUUCGCGGACGGGCUGAAGAAUCGCAAGAACGUGACCGUGGGGCUGGUCGGCUACCCGAACGUCGGCAAGAGCAGCGUGAUCAACACGCUGCGCGGCAAAAAGGUGUGCAACGUCGCGCCGAUUCCGGGCGAGACGAAGGUGUGGCAGUACGUCGACCUUACCAAGAGGCUGUACCUGUUGGACUGCCCAGGGGUGGUGAAAGAAGUGGGCGAGGGCGACGCAGACGUGGCGAAGGUCGUCAAGGGCGUGGUGCGCGCGGAAAAGUUGGCGGACCCGUGUGAGUACAUCGACGCGAUAAUCAAGCUUGUGGGCGUCGAGAAGUUUCUGCAGCACUACAAGCUGCCGGCGGCUUUGGCGGGCUACGCGGACGCGUUGGAGGUGUUGGAGGCGUUGGCGCAGAAGCUCGGGCUGCUUGGCAAAGGCGGCGAGCCGCUCUCGGCGCAAGCCGCGGUGCGCGUGAUAUUCGACUUGCAGCGCGCAAAGCUGCCUUACUUUUGCGCGCCGCCUGCGGAGUCGGCGGAGGACGUCGCGGCGGCGCUGCAGGCGAGGCAGUUACAGGAGAUAGCGGCCGCGUCGAAGGCGUAA